GGCGCCCAGUUUGAAAAACAACGACCGCAUUAUUGUUGUCUUAUGUAUCACGUCGCUGGAAAUUUCCCACUCAUUUACCACAUAUAAAGCAAAUAUUUAUGUGGCAAUGGGUGUACAUGACUUGUGGUCUAUUGUCGAGCCCGUGAGAGAGUCGGUGCCGCUGUACAGUUUGUCCGGUAAGAGACUGGCGGUGGACCUCAGUUUGUGGGUUUGCGAGGCCCAGCACGUCCAAGCAAUGAUGGGCAGAGUUGCGAAGCCCCAUUUGAGGAAUUUAUUUUUCCGGGUGUCGUCCCUCAUUCUUAUGGGGGUGAAGCUGGUGUUCGUCAUGGAAGGGCAGGCCCCUAAACUGAAAGCAGUCACCAUGAGCCAGAGGACUGCAAAUCGAUAUGGAGGGAACCAAAAAGGGUCUAAAUCCUCAACUUCCACCAGCAGAGGGCGCUUUAAUGCAGUUCUUAGAGAGUGUGCAGAGAUGCUUGACUACCUGGGAAUGCCAUGGGUGGUUGCCGCAGGGGAGGCGGAAGCCAUGUGUGCAUACCUGGACUCAUGUGGUCUUGUGGAUGGUUGCAUCACCAAUGAUGGAGAUGUGUUCUUGUACGGAGCACGAACCGUCUACAGAAACUUCAAUAUGAACUCCAAGGACCCCCAGGUGGACUGCUACAAGACCUCCCGUGUCCAAACAGAGCUAUGCCUGUCGAGGGAGAAUCUUGUCGGUCUGGCAAUCCUCCUUGGAUGUGAUUACAUUCCCAAGGGAGUCCCAGGUGUCGGUAAAGAACAAGCUCUCAAGCUGAUCCAGACCAUCAAAGGCCAAACGCUUCUGCAGAGGUUCAUGCGGUGGAAGGACGAGCCGGGGUGCCUGUCUCAGGCAGUCGUGAAGAAGCUUCCCCACUGCCACAUAUGUCGACAUCCAGGCUCAGCCAAAGGUCACGAACGCAGCGGCUGUGUGCUUUGCGACAGUCAGCAAUUCUGUCAACCUCAAGAUUUUGACUACCAGUGUCCAUGUGAUUGGCAUCGCUUAGAACGGGCCCGCCAAGCCAAGUCCCUUGAAGCAAAUAUCAAAAAGAAAACACUGGCAAGUCCACAGUUCCCGUUUACAGAGAUUAUCAACGAGUUUCUGCUAACCAAGGACAAGCCUGUUGAAAACUUUAAAAGGAGGCAGCCGAAUAUGCUCUCAAUGCAGAAAUUUGCUCUUGACAAGAUGGAGUGGCCAAAGCACUACACGAGUGAGAAGGUUUUAGUUCUGAUGACCUAUACGGAGCUGAUGAACAGAAAGUGUGGCUGGAUGAUGUCAUCGCAAAUCAAGCCCAUUAGGAUCUUUAAACAACGCGUGAGGAAUUCAAUUUCCUGCUUCGAAGUCAUCUGGAGCACACCAGAUCAUUACGUGUUUCCUGAGGAUCGGCCCGCCGAGGAUCAGCGUGAGGUGAGGUCGGUGGAGGAGGAGAACCUCUUCCGUGCGGCCUUCCCGGAGGUGGUGGAGAACUACCUGAGGGACAAAGCAUUGGCUGAAGAGAACAAGACCAAAAAGCGGAAACCAAAGAGUAAAAAGGAGAAGAUGGCCGAAAAUCCCGAUGGUGUUUCGGAGCUCCUAGCGCAGAUGACCCUUCAGAACGCCCCUCCAGAAAAGGCCCUUCCAACCUCGCCGCAAACGUUGCUUUCGGAAACGCCCGUGAGCCAUAAACAGCAUCAACGAUUCACUGAGAACGGCUCUCAGGUGGAUUCCUCAGCAGCCGCCAUCGACGUGCUCCAUCUUAGCGACAUUGACUGGGACGCGUUCUCCUUCACGGCCACCCCGCCGCCUCAAGCGGCUCCCGAGUGCCCAAAUAGGUUCUCCAAUCAACUAAGCCUCCUCGUACCAAUUUUAAAAUCCCCUCAUAAAGACGGCAGUGGUAUCAAAAAAUCAUGUGAAGUCAUUCCAAAGGUGGACAAAAAACCUCCUCACCAGUACAAAUUUGUCAGAUCAGCAUCCACAAAAGUGCAGAGGUGCCACUCGCAGCCAUGUCCGGUGAACAAAAUCAAGAAGAGCGUGUGCGUGAGUGUUUGUUCAUCCAGCGAGGAUAGCGAUGAGGAGAACCGGCAGGUGCUGCCUCGCAGAACCACCGAGAGCAAGCAAAGUCUGCAAAGUGGAGAUUAUGUCACAAGAGCACCAAGGAAAAUCCAGGCCGAUAUCAAUGAUGUGUUCCCUCCCACCCCGGCGUCCCCCAUCGUUGUGUUAGAUAGUGACGAUUCGGUCGUUUGUGGGGACAGCCCUUUGCCGCUGGCAGAGAGACUCAGGCUCAAGUUCCUUAAGUAAGAAGCUGGACAUUUUUUUAAAAAUGCAGUAGAAAUUCAUCAUGUAGUCAGCUUUCUGGCUUCAAACCUUGACUUCAAAUAAGGCGCAAUUGGAAAAAUAAACACUCAGUGUGUAUGUGUAGAAAGUGCCAUUUAAACACACACGCUCCUUUAGAAAACUACGAGCUGUUGGUUUUACAGCCUUCUGCUGUUGGUCCCCUUCAUCAGGAUUCAGGAGUGAGGCCUUACACACCUUUUCAGACAUGAAAAGGUCUGGCAUGAGCUUGGUGACAGCUGCAUCCUCAUGGCCAAAUAAACUUCUACUCACCUGCUUGUGUCCACCCAUCCCCUUAUUUGUAUGUAUCCUUUGUCCUAAUAAAAGCUUAAAACACCUCAA